AUGGACGGCGCCAUUGCCCCAGCUCCGGUCCUGGCCGCCAUCCCGCGGCACACCAACAGGACCCUCUCAGGCGCCGGAGCGACGGUGCUGACAGCCACCGGCACGGUUCUCUUCUUCCUCUACCUCGCCGGGCGCUUGCUCUGGGCGUGCAAAAAGGAGGCCUCCGCGACCGCGAGCGUUGCCGGCGCUCCGGCCUCCUCGCCGGCCGGUGUCAACGUGGUCGCGCGGCCCCUCCGGCGCGCCGUGCCGCUGUCGGCGCUCCCGGUGUUCCUGCACGAGAAAGAUCGGGACGCGCCGGACUUCGAGUGCGCGGUGUGCCUCUCGGAGUUCCGGGAGCGGGAGGCCGGGCGGCUCCUGCCGGGCUGCGGCCAUGGGUUCCACGAGGCGUGCAUCGCGACGUGGCUCCAGCUCAACUCCCACUUCUGCUCCGGUGCUCCUCCCCUGAAAUAA